AUGCCUGUGCUUAGUAAAGUAAGAGCAGUACCCUUUGGAUUGCGUGAGAAACUGAAAGCAGAGAUAGAUAGAUUGGAAGAAACUCAAAUCAUUACGGCUGUCAAAAGUAACGAUUGGGCUACGCCGGUAGUUCCAAAUUUGAAAAGUAACGGACAGAUUAGGUUAUGUGAAGACUACAAAAUUACGGUAAACCCGAAAUUAAGAGUUGAUAGACACCCGAUUUCGAGGGUUAUGAAUUUAGUAGCAAAAUUGGAGGGUGGUAAAUUUUUUUCAAAAUUGGAUCUCACUCACGUCUAUCAGCAGAUCGAGUUAGAUGAUGAAUGA